CUGUGGGAACCCGGAAGCGCUCAUCCGUCGAUUGUGGCGGCUGCUGCUGAGUCCAUUGAGGCAGCGGCGAUUUAAAAUAACCUGCAAUCGGCACGUCCGUCGGAAUCGGGCACCCGGGCUAUUAACCUCGCAUUUGGCUGGAAGGCGAGCGAGCAUGGCUGGUCGACUGCCGGCUUGCGUUGUGGACUGUGGCACAGGGUACACAAAGCUUGGUUAUGCUGGAAACACGGAACCCCAGUUCAUUAUGCCAUCAUGCAUUGCAAUCAAAGAGUCAGCCAAGGUUGGCGACCAGGCACAGCGGCGGAUGAUGAAGGGUGUUGAUGAUCUGGAUUUUUUUAUUGGGGAUGAAGCCAUCGAUAAACCGUCAUAUGCAACAAAGUGGCCAAUUCGUCAUGGAAUAGUGGAAGACUGGGACCUGAUGGAGAGAUUCAUGGAGCAGGUCAUCUUCAAGUAUCUGCGGGCAGAACCUGAAGAUCAUUACUUCCUUUUGACAGAACCACCAUUAAACACACCAGAAAAUAGAGAGUAUACAGCAGAGAUCAUGUUUGAGUCUUUCAACGUCCCAGGUCUCUACAUUGCUGUUCAGGCUGUCCUGGCGCUGGCAGCCUCCUGGACGUCCCGGCAGGUCGGCGAGCGGACACUGACGGGGACAGUGAUCGACAGCGGCGAUGGCGUCACCCACGUUAUCCCAGUGGCUGAAGGUUACGUCAUAGGCAGCUGCAUCAAGCACAUCCCAAUUGCGGGCCGCGAUAUCACGUACUUCAUCCAACAGCUGUUGAGGGAGCGAGAGGUGGGAAUCCCUCCUGAGCAAUCCCUGGAGACGGCCAAAGCUGUCAAGGAGCGCUUCAGUUACGUCUGCCCUGACCUUGUAAAGGAGUUUAACAAGUACGACACAGACGGGUCCAAGUGGAUAAAGCAGUACACAGGUGUCAAUGCCAUCACCAAAAAAGAGUUCCAGAUAGAUGUGGGCUAUGAGCGCUUCCUCGGACCAGAGAUAUUCUUCCACCCCGAGUUUGCCAACCCAGAUUUCACACAGCCAAUCUCGGAGGUAGUGGAUGAGGUCAUUCAGAAUUGCCCUAUAGAUGUCCGCCGCCCUCUUUACAAGAACAUUGUGCUCUCUGGAGGCUCCACUAUGUUCCGAGACUUCGGUCGACGCCUGCAGAGGGAUCUCAAGCGCACUGUGGACGCACGGCUGAAAAUCAGCGAGGAACUGAGUGGUGGCAAGUUAAAGCCAAAACCCAUUGAUGUGCAGGUCAUCACACAUCACAUGCAGCGAUACGCUGUCUGGUUCGGGGGCUCCAUGUUGGCAUCCACACCCGAGUUCUACCAAGUAUGCCACACCAAGAAAGACUAUGAGGAAAUCGGUCCAAGUAUAUGCCGCCACAACCCCGUGUUCGGGGUCAUGUCUUAAGGCAUGGGGGCCGUGUUGAGUGGAGCUGGAGGGGAAAUGGAGAAAGCAAAUUUGUGGCGGUCUCAUGAGCCUUUGGUGCGCCGAUAGACCUCUUCAUUCAGAUCGAGUGACAGCGGACCAAACAAGCUGCCACCAAUGGGAGCGACGUCCUCCAUCAAUUAGAAGGGACAAGCAACAACUCCAGUCGCGUUUCCUGCAAGUAAUUUAAUAAUCGCUGGUAAAUAUUUAAUUUGUGCUCACAGCGUUGCAACAUGGCGAACGCGACAUAAGUCUGCUUGAACAAACCUGCGUCAGCAUGUCUGUCAGGAGGUGGGACUAAAUAAAAGAUGAGAAAAGAAAUGUGCAAUAUUUUCCUUCAAAAAAUGUUGGAACAAGAAUAAUUCCUAACACUUCAAUACAAAGAAUUAGUGAUAAAGUAGAUGAAUAAUAAGUCUUUCUGAUGUUGGGGAGGGACAUAAUCACCAUGAUGAGCCGAGCAGCCAGCCAUUCUCCAAUGCAGUUGUCUAUGGCAAAAUCAACAUCACUCCGCUCCUGAACUUCUUCUUUUUCCGGCAGACAUCUUAAAACCAGUUGCACUCAUGUACUAACGUAGAGUAGCACUUUUUGAAUCCAGGUGUCAUUGCUGCCAUUCCAAUAAAAGUUGAGAUGUUUUGACA